AUGGUCAAUCUCGCACUUAAGCUGAGCGUCGUCGUUCAGACGGCGCUCCUCCUACUUGCGCUGCAGCACGCCACCACUCCCGCAAACGCCUUCUUCGGACGCGGUCGUCCCGCAGGCUUCAACUCGACCGAUAUCGUGUCGCGCUACGCCGACGUGGAGACUUCCGAUCCUGUCAUACAGCGCGCCGCCAACGCACAGCCUUCUAGCAAAGGUGCUCAGACUUACGAGAACAACGAGGACGGCAACGAUGAUGACGAUGACGACGAAUACGACGUGCUCGAGAUCAUCACCUCGUUCGAACCCGAACAGGAUGAGGCCGUCGGGGCUGGCAAGAUGCGCAAGCGUGGCGGACCUACCCCGUGUCCCGCACAGCACACGCAGCGCCAGCGUCGCUCGCUCCAGACUCCUCUCCCACACCACAAGCGCGAGUCCGAGCCCGAGACUUACCACGAGGAAGAAGAGGUCACCAAGACCAUUCAUCAGACUGUCAACCGCAGAUGCACUCAGAACGCUCGUCGCGCACCGCAGCCUACGCCUCAGACCAAGCCCAAGCAGCUCAAGAAGCGCUACGUGUCCAACUUUCAGCCUCCCGCCGGAUACCGCUACUCGUGGGGAAUUGACGGCUCUCGUGUCUCUUACGGUACCUUUACAGGUCAAUACCUCAGCCGCACCACGAUCUUUGGCGCUUCCGCUGUUGGCCAGAGCGAGGUCGACACCUGCAGCGCACGAUGCGAAAAUACAAACGGUUGCGGCUUCUUCCACCCCGUCCAGAUGAACGGCGGCUCCGAAGGCGCCGUCAUCUGUGUUCUAUACACCGUCAAACAGUCCAAGUCCGCGGCCACUUGGACUGGCGGAGCGGGAAGCGCAGGCGGCUCCGUCGCCUUUUCUUACGGCUUUACGCGCAAUGCUGGUGCCGCCGCCGGCGUCGCCAACUUCCAAGCUCCCUCGGGCUACCUCUUCUCGUGGGGCAUUGAAGGAGCGCGUGUCUCCUACGGCACUUCUACCGGCCAGUACAUCAGUCGAUCCACCAUCGUCGGCGCCACUGUCGUGGGUCAGAACGAGGUCGCCACGUGCAGUGCUAGAUGUAACGAUGCCAAGGGAUGUGGAUUCUUCCAUCCCAUCCAGAUGAGCGGAGGCUCUGCAGGCGCCGUCAUUUGCGCUCUCUACACCGUCGAGCAGCCCAAGUCGGCCGCGACCUGGACCAAGGGCGCCGGAAGCGCAGGUGGUGACGUCAAGCUCUCGUACGGCCUGAUUCGCAACGCUGGUCCUUCUCCCGGCAACCCAGCCGCUACCACGUCGGUAAAGACUACUUCCACCACGGCCAAAACUACUUCCACCACGCCCAAGCCCACAACCAGCUCGACGUCCAGCCGUGCAACCACCACCUCGACGUCGUCUACCCCGAAGACAACCACUUCGUCCUCCAGUCCGGUUCCUACCACCUCGUCCACCUCGACUAGGAGCUCCACUUCUUCCACUUCGACGAGGAGCUCCACUUCGUCCACCACAUCCACCUCAACGAGGAGCUCCACUUCGUCCACAUCCACGAGGACGUCCAUUUCAACCACGUCGACCACGAGCUCUACUUCCUCGUCCAAGACGACGUCCUCCACCUCCUCCUCGUCUUCUUCGACCACAUCGUCGUCUACCUCGUCAUCUACCUCCAGCACCGUCACGCCGACACCCACGCCCAAGGUCUACUCGCUCAUGGCCAACUACAAGGGCGCCAACUUCUACGACAACAUGUACUUCUUCACCUUCAAGGACCCGACCAACGGCAUGGUCGACUAUGUCGGACGCAACGAGGCUUCUUCGCUCGGAUUGGUCAAGACGACCAGCGGCGGUCAGGUGUACAUGGGCUAUGCCACCACGCGUAUCUACCCUCCCACUCCCACUACUACCUCAACGACGGCUUCGAGCACCUCGACGUCGUCUUCGAGCACUUCGACUUCGGCCAGCUCCUCCACUUCUACCCGCGCUGCAGGCAGACGUGCCAUCUCCACUUCGUCGUCGUCUUCCUCGGCCUCGACCUCGACAUCGUCCUCGUCUUCGAGUGCCAGCUCUUCGGCCGGAUCGUUCGGUGCCCAGGCAGUGACGACGAGCUCGUCGAUCUCUGGCUCCAGCUCCACGUCCAGCAGCACGAGCAGUGCGGCGGCAACGUCGAGUGCGGCACCCAUCCCGUACAUGAAGUCGGUGCGUGUCUCUUCGUACGACACGUUCACCACCGGUGUAUUUAUCCUCGAUGCCUCGCACAUGCCCGUCGGAUGCGGUGUGUGGCCUGCGUGGUGGACGGUGCCCACCAACCCGGCUGGCGGCUGGCCCAACGGUGGCGAGAUCGACAUUGUCGAGGGCAUCUCGUUCACGUCGCAGAACACGUACUCGGUGCACACGGUGCCCGGCUGCCGCGUCAAUGCGACCACCAACUCGCAGAUGGGCCAGUACCAGCUGACCAACAUCACCAUGGCGACCAACUGCGCGUCGGCCGAGACGGGCAACCAGGGGUGUGGCGUGCAGUCGUCGUUGCGCAACGACUACGGCGUGGGCUACAACAACAAUGGCGGCGGUAUUCAUGCGAUGGUGUGGGAUAAGGACGAGGGCAUCAAGGCGUGGUUCUUCCCGCGCUCGGCGACGCCGGCUGACAUCACUGCCGGCACGCCCGACCCCACCGGCUGGGGAACGCCGCAGGGAAGCUGGCCGGCCCAGAGCUGCGAUCCCACCACGUUCUUCUUCAACCACGUGAGCGUGUUCAGCAACACCAUCUGCGGCGAUUGGGCGGGCGACAAGACGCUCUGGAACAACGCGUGGAACGGCCAGGCACAGAGCUGUGCCCAGAUGACCGGCUACCCCACGUGCCAGAGCUACGUACAGUCCAAGGACGUCGACUUCUCCCAGGCUUAUUGGCUCAUCAACUCGGUCAAGAUCUACCAGACCGAGCGAACUUCUUAA